ACUUUCUUCCUCUUUGAACCACAAUUCUUAUGACCAAAGACCGGUCUAAAAUGGAGAAAUUAAUCCAGUGCGUAUUACUGUUUAAUUUACAAUCAAACUUCUGCCUUUAUAACCUAAUUUCCCUCAAAUCCCAAACCAACCAUCGUCUCAUCUCUCAGCUUCUCACAUCUAUCUCUUCUUGAGAUAAAAAUAUUGUAUACUAUCAAUAAAUAUAUACAAUUUAAUAAGCUAAUCACUUCUAUACCCUAUUCUGUUGUUUGCUUAAUUUACAAGUAAAUGGAGAAAAUGGGAGAUUGGGAGAAAAAAAACCUCGUAAACGAGCUCGUAACGGGGAGGGAGCUAGCUAGACAGCUUCAAAUUCAUGUCAAUGUUCCAUCUUCUUCGAGAGAAACUCGUGAACUAUUGGUGCAAAAGAUCGUAACUUCUUAUGAAAAUGCACUUUCCAUGCUAAAUUUGAGCAGCUUAAUGCAACAAUCGGGAGCCACUGCCCGAAUAAUGCCGUCGGAUUCGCCAUCGGCUUCUUUAGGUGGAAGUCCCCGGAGUGAUCAAGACUCUGACCGGGAAUUGAAGGACCAGCAGGACCCUAAUAGGAAGAGGAAGAGCAGUGAAAAGUGGACAAAACAAGUGCGAGUUAACCUAGGGAUGGGACUAGAAGGACCACUUGAAGAUGGGUUUAGCUGGAGAAAAUAUGGCCAGAAAGAUAUUCUUGGAGCUAAAUAUCCAAGGGGAUAUUAUAGAUGCACUCACAGAAUCCUCCAAGGCUGUUUAGCCACAAAACAAGUGCAACGAUCCGAUGAAGACCCUACCAUUUUUGACAUUACGUAUCGAGGAAGGCACUCUUGCACCGGCCAAAUGUUCCAUCAGAGUUCUCAGCCACUUGAUCAGAAUCAAGAAAUUACUAACCCUAGCAUGGAGCCCCGACAACAAGAAACUCAGCCUCUCUCUCAAGAUCUUCUCUUGAACUUCCGUUCAGAUCUUAAGGUUAUUACAGAAGGAUUUGACCACCACCAAGAACAAUCAAUCCUCCCGUUCAAUUUUACGCCGGAAAAUCAAGCUUUUUCUCCGUCGUUUAUGUCUUCAGCACCAGAGAAUACAAACUAUUUCUCAGCUUCUUCAAGUGGCGUUGUUCAUCAGAGCUAUGGAGGACAGAACCAGAGACUUCAAGCCACUGAAUCGGAAUUAAGUGACAUGAUUGCUGCUAAUUCUCCUAAUGCUGGUGUUGAAUUCCCGUUUGGAAAUGUCGAAUUUGAUCCGAAAUAUUUCUCAUUCGACAACAUUAAUGGGUUUAUUUCUUAAGGCCGAGAUUAAUGCAGAAGCAGAUGAUCAUUACAAUAAGAAACUCAAACCUAAGUUUGAAACAAAUUUUGCAUGUUGAAAUUAAAUAUUAAUUAGUUGCUGUCAUCUAUGUUUAGUUAUAUGUGGAUUCUACGAAUUUGCUGA